AUGGCAAAUCCUUACAGAUCCAGAGCGGUGGCGAAUUCUGAAGAGGUUCAGGUGAGGAUUGAUCCAGUUCAUGCAGACCUUGACGAAGAAAUCUUGGGUCUCCACAAACAAGUCAGCCAACUGAAAAUUGUGGCUCAAGAAAUUGAAACAGAAGCUAGAAUUCAGAAUGACAUCAUCUCUGAUUUGCAAAGGCUGGUGAGCAAUGCUGAGGCAGGGGUGAAAAGUGGCAUGAGAAGGUUGAACCGGACCAUUGUCCAGCAGAGAUCAAAUCAUAUCUUGCAAGUAAUCAUUUUUGGACUAGUUUGUUUUGCUGUAGUCUACUUGUGGUCCAAGCAUUUUAGAAGAUGAGACUGUGUGACUUGGUUAUGUAGUUUCUAUGAAAGUAGAGCUGUGUUACCUAUAACUUGCAUAGGUCUUUCCAAGCCUUAACUAUACAUCUAGGUUUUGUGAGGUAGCAUCUCAAGAUGCUUGUUGUAAUUAUGUGUACAAUAGGAGAAGACUUCUCUUCGGUUGAAGGAGAGUUAUCAUUUUUUCCUCCUCCUGGCUGAAUAAUUGGUUCUUCAAAAAGAAUUAUUCUGUGCUAUCUCCACUCUUCACGAUAAAGGAUUGGAGUACAAGGAGUUUGAUCUGAAGAAGCUCAAGAGCAUUGCUUUCUAAGGUUAACCUUUUAGAUCUGUUCUACUGAUUUCAGAGGCUGCUAAAAACGCAGUUUCGGCAUUGUUGGACAUGUGCACUUUUUUUUUUAAUUUCUUUUUAUUGGUUUAUACUUGUCCACUCUUUUGAUUAUGCUAGUUAUGUGCGAAACUAGUUUUGUUGGUUGGCUUAAUUACAAUUGGUAUGGGGCUUUUGAUUUGUUUCUCAUAUGAAGCCUGAUUUGUAGAA